AUGUUCGAUGUGAUACCGAGUUAUGAGAAGGCCACACUCGUGGCUGGAGCGGCAAUUUUGCUAGGAGUCCUGUGGGUUAUAGGAGUUGUCAUCUACCGACUGAGGUUCCAUGCUUUGGCCAAUUUUCCUGGCCCAAAAUUCAAUGCUAUAUCAUCCAUCCCUACCAUCAGAUCGCUUCUCCAGGCGAGGCGACCGAUGGACAUCAAGAUACUCCAUGAUAAAUUCGGUCCUGUGGUCCGGGUGGGUCCAAAUGAGCUCACUUUCAAUUCUGCGAAGGCCUGGCGGGAUAUCUAUCUCCAAGGCAUGCAAAAAGAUGCAAUUCACGUCGGCACCGUCAAAGGAUUACCUGAGGCCCUUCCCAUGAACAUGGCAGACGAGGUUACGCACUCCCGCCUUCGCCGUGCGAUCGCUCCCGCAUUCUCAGCGAAGGCAAUACUGGAGCAAGAAGAUGUUAUCCAGGCACAGGUCACGCGAUUGAUGGAAGUUGUUCACUGUAUGGGAAACAAGAAGGAAGUCUUUAAUAUGGCCGAGUGUUACAAGAUAACGACAUUGGAUAUUAUUCUGGCUCUCAUUUUUGGAGAGGAGCUUGGAUGCCUAGAAGAAGGAGAAUCCAAUGACUGGGCACCAAUAGUAAGUCAAACAGUGAAAGAAAGUGCCUCUGAACAAGCCAUUCGGCGCUUAUUUGGACAUGGGACUAUCCUCUACAGAUUACUGAUCGGGUUCAUCCCGGUUAAACUUCGGGCGCAUAUGGAUAAACAUCUUAUUCUUAGUGUAAGCCUAGCCAGGCGACGAUUAGAGGCGAACACUGUUCGCAAAGACCUCAUGUCCCUUAUCAUGCAGCAGAGGGAAAUCAAAGGCGAGAUUUCCGCAGACGAAAUACUCGUAAACUCGGCCGUUCUUCUAUUCGCUGGUAGUCAAACAACCGCAAGUCUUUUGUCUGCCCUUACCUACCAUCUUUUGGGAGACAAAAACACCUAUACCCGGCUCACUACUGAAAUACGCAGUUCGUUCAAGGAUGAAGAUGAAAUCUGCUCAAAAUAUGUAGCUAAACUCCCAUUUCUAAAUGCCUGUAUCGAGGAAGCUCUGCGUAUCUUUCCACCUGCACCGAUUGGGUUGCCGAGGACUGUCCCUAAGGAGGGGGCCCUCAUUGACGGACAUCUAGUACCAGGCGGAGUGACGGUGUCCGUCGUAUCAUGGAGUGCAACACAUAAUGCGGCCAACUUUCAGGAUCCUGACAGCUUUUCCCCUAAUCGUUGGAUUGACAAGGACAAGCACCACGGAGAUACAAGGGCAGCAUCCCAACCAUUUGGGCUUGGUCCUCGAGCCUGUAUUGGCAAAUAUCUAGCGUACCUCGAGGCACGGCUUAUCAUUUGUCGCUUACUGUGGAAUUUUGAUCUCGUGCCAGCAGACAGUAUGACUCAGUGGGACCCGUCUGGAGAGAUGAAAUAUAUGAAGACAUUCACAGUAUGGCAGGACAUUAUCCUGAACACUAAAGCUGUCCCGGUUGAAAGGUGCUAA